UGCCCAUGCAGUCAUAACAAAAUCGGAACUACAGCGUGAUCCUGAAAUGAUCUGCGACGAACAGAAAUUUAUCAAAGUCACGCGCGAUAUUGCAUGAGAACUUAACGUCCCUAAGUUCCGCUUAACUUUGUUUACUUUUUGUGCUUUUAAAGCCUGAAAUACAAACACCUCAACCUACGCAAUACAGAUGGUUCUUGAUCGCUGGAAUAUGGAGAACUCCGUGCUUGUCUGCCUUUGUAUUCAAAUUCUUUGUGCAAUAUUUACCCAUGGAGAGACUUUGCAGACGAAAGAUCAACAAUUCAUUGACAGCCUACAGCAAUAUGAGUUUAUUGAACCAAUGUUUAGUGAACCUGUGAAAGAUGAGAUCGACGCUAACUACAUCACGGCCGAAGAAAAGAAGGUUCUCUCUUUCCGUUUUCAAGGACAGAUCAUUAAACUACUUUUGACGCUUAAAAGAAAUUUGUUUUCUCCAAACUUUUUUGAAAGAUACGUCACUAAAGAUGGAUACGAGAUUGUUAACGAGGUCCCACGAAACUGCUAUUAUCACGGACAUGUGGAUGGACACAAAGAUACGAUUGUAGCACUUUCCACUUGUCAUGGGAUUGAAGGUUACUUUACGUUGAAUGACAAGACAUUUUCAAUUCAUCCUGUGGAAACACUAGAAGGCGAGAAACUGCAUAUUGCGUUUGAAACUGAUGACCUUGAACUGCCAAAAUAUACCUGUGACCACCACAGAGAAAAUGUGUCUCGUGAUACUUACGAGAGAAGUAUUUCGGUAGAAAGACAUCGGGUACGUCGCGAUGUUUUAAGUGAAACCAAAUAUGUUGAACUUGUGAUAAUCAAUGACUUAAGUCAGUACCAAAGACGUGGUUCGGAAACAUCAACUCGUGCAAUUAAAAUGGCUAACUUUGCAGACUCGACGUAUCGCGUUCAAAAUAUCCGAGUGGUUUUAGUAAUGAUUGAAACUUGGAAACAUGCAGAUCAGAUCGCCAGUUCCUCAGAUAACGAUCAAUUUCUGGCGAAUUUCGUUGCAUACAAGGAUAAGGUUUUGGAUAAAAAUGAAACAACUCAAAGUGAUCAUGCCGUAUUAGUUACUCAAAAGAAAUUGCAAAAUGACCGCCAUGGGUGGGCGGUUAUUCAAGGAAUUUGUUCUCCAAGUUCAGCGUCUUUACUUUAUGAUGCUUACGACUCCACCAAUCUAGCUGGAUCAGUUAUUGCGCACGAAUUAGGACACAGUUUUGGUUUCACACACAUUUCAUCCACUUGUUCUUGUGACGCUGAACCUUCAAAAUGCCUCAUGAAUGCUGAUGUGAGCUAUGGUCCGUUAAAGUGGUCAAAUUGCACUAAAGCGAAGUUAAAAGAUGUUUUGCUAAGAGACUAUGGAACCUGUUUAUUUAAUCUGCCAACUGAACAUUAUAUAACACCGAAAUGUCAAAAUGGUUUGGUUGAUCCUGGAGAAGAGUGUGACUGUGGAACGAAAGAGGAAUGUGAAAGAAAGCCGUACCAUUGUUGUAAUUACACAACUUGUAAACUUCAUCAUGGGAAUGAGUGUGAUAGUGGAAUGUGUUGUGACAACUGCACGAUAAAUGCAAAAGGUUCAUUGUGUCGAGAUAAGGUUAAUGACUGCGACCUCCCAGAGUAUUGCGAUGGAAAGCACUCAAUGUGUCCUCCCGAUAUGUACGUUCACAAUGGCAGAUCGUGUAGCGAUGUCAAUGACACAAGCCUCUGCUAUUUUGGAGUUUGUCACACUCAUAACAAACAGUGCGAAGCAUACUGGGGGUCAGAUGGAUUUUUUUCCGAAAGGUGUCAUAAAAAAAUUAACAUAUUAAAAAAUACCAAGUAUGGAUUCUGUAAGCUUCUUGGUGAAAACCAAUACGUGAAGUGUGCGAAAUCGGAUGCUCUCUGCGGAAAGUUACAGUGUGAAAUGAAAAAUGAAUUUGAAGACAGAACAACAUUGGAUGGUAACGCCGCAAUUUAUAUCCAAGGAAAGUCCUGGUCACACAAGUGUUGGAGUGGAGAGUUAGAUCACCGUGUUCCACAUAUUGGUAUGGUAGAGACUGGGACAAUGUGUGGUGAAAACAAGGUUUGUUUCAACAACACAUGCAUAGAUAUAAAAGAGGCCUACGCAGAUCAACCUGAAUGUCCAAAUAACUGUUCAGGAAAUGGAAUCUGUAAUAACCUUGGUCACUGUCAUUGUAAUCCUGGUUACAGCUGUCCUAACUGUUCAGAGAGAUGUAAUAGUACUGGUGGCAGCAUUGACAGUGGCAAUGAUUGUUAUUGUCCAGUUGCAACAACCACUGAGUCGACACAACAAUCUACUUCUUCGAUGACUGAAGAAGCCAAAACUACCUCCGCUGGCAAUGAGAAUGGUGAAACAUCAACUUCACAAACAAUUGAAACAACUCAUAAAACUACUGGAGAAACAAGAGAACGUUCUUCGUCAACUAAAAAAGCCGCAGAAGGUACAAAAGCUAAAAAAGAAACAGCAGACAGCGAAUCCCAAAAGCAAAGCCAAGACGACGUUCUAAUUAUUGUUCCUACGGUGAUUGGUGGUUGCAUUGUUCUUUCCUUUUUACUGAUAAUUUUGAUCCGCCAAAAACGAAAAAAAUUGCAAAAAUCACGUUCUAAUCCCGGUGAUCCUCGCGUUGUUUUCUCACAAUGUGAAUUGGAUGCAGGAGAAUCCUUCUCUCAACAUAAUAUCAUAGAUCAAGGGAAAGAGUCUGGAGAUAAAAAUAUUCAGUUCACUUCGUUGUCUAUUAUGCCUGAGAGCAAAAUUGGUUCAACAAACACCGGGUCCUCGGUGUCUUAAUGUCAACUAGAAUCUUGAUUAAACUAUAAGAUUUAUGACCUGCUAUGAUGUUCUACCAACGAUGUUUAACUGGACUGUUACAAGCUGAAAAUUCAAAAUUUUCAUGCAGGAUGCGAUUUUGAAUAGGUAUUAAAAAGUAGUUGCUUUCCAAUCAUUAGUCGACCAGCUAAAAUCCGAUCGAUUCUGCCUGGUUUUAGUGAAAUGAACCAGAAAAAAAAGAAUUUUAUAGUUUUGUAUGAUCAAGCUGUAUAGUAUUUCUUACAACAUUCGUAGUUCGGACAUUUUUAUGUCGUUAAAUAGGGAUAUUAAUUUAUUGGUAUUGUGGAAAAAAUACUUGUAAUUUUCUUAGCGUGAAACGCGAUUUGUUACGCUUAUUUUUAGCUGUGUGUUAAUACUCGUGUCCCAGUAGGUGUCUGAUCUAGCCUUUUCAUUGAUACAGGUAUUUUCAGCGUGCAGUUUUGCCUAUUUUUGGCGAUGUGAGUGUGUAAACAUUCUUCACAUCUGUAACAAUUUAAGAGCAUUUCGCCCACGUCUUUCGCACAACUCCAUUUUUAAUGAUCCAGUACGCGAGCUCUAGCAACACUCUCCUU